CAAGCAGGCGCAUUGCUCUCUGGAGUCAGAGAGUAUUCAUCGGACACGCUCUCACAGUCAUCGCUCGCGCACACACGCAUGCAACGCACUCUGCAGACCUGGCAGCCCGCACAGCACAGCACACUCCAGGAUGACACUGUGCUGAAAACACUGCAAGUUCAAUCUCAUCGGUUUGGUCAAAUCUUAAGUGCAACCAUGCCCAUUCUGAAGAAGCUCCCUGGAAGGUCCAAGAGCUGCCAAGAGUUCCCCAGAGUGAACGGUGAACUGAUCUUGCCCCGACUGGACUUGAAUGAUCUCACUGAUCUGAAGGAACUAAAUGACCUGAAGGAACAGAACAGGAACUUAAACCCGUUCGAGGACGUGGACCUGUAUGAGGAGGAUAGGCACGGCUGCGAUGUGGGCCUCAUCAUGGGGGAGGUCAGGGGAAACCUCCAGCUCAGGUCUUGCCGCGACGGAGAAGAGGAGGAGAACGAGGUGAAUGCAGAGAGACACGGGGCCGGGAACCCCAAAGGGAAACCCCUGAGGGGCACCCUGGAGCGCAUUUGUGGAGUGUCGCCCCUCAAAACCCUUGGAAAGCUUGGCAAGGGGCUGCGCAUAUCGGGACGCAGUGUGUGGGGGAACAACUCUCCCUACUACACACCAGGGAACUCAAACAGUCUCCCACCUGAGAGGGAGAAAAGGAAAGGACUACGCAGGAGCUCAGAUGGAAUUAUGACCCUGCUCCGGAUUACAGGGCGACGCAAGGAGGAGCGCAGAGAAAGCCUUCCCAGCGGGAACCUGAGCACAGAAGGCGAGGCGGAAGCCUCCAGGCGGCCCUCGUUCCUCAGGAUGGUCAGCCUGGGAAAGCUGAAGAGGGAGUCCAUGUCAGACAAGGCGUCCCAGGAGGCUGAGGAGGAAAUAGAGGACGAGGAACCUUUGGUCAAAACCCGAGAGCCACUCUCAGUGCUGGAGAUCCUACAGUUGGUAAACAGCAGGGACCUUCUUCUGGCUGACACACACAUUCAGGAGCUGGAACGAGAGUGCGAGCUGCUGUCUUUCCUUACUGGCGCAGCUGAUCCCAGCCUUACCACCACCCUUAUUCCCAGCUCCCCUACUAGUAUGACUCCCUUCUCUUCUUCAACCUUUGAUGACUCUCCCAGCUCCAAUGCAUCAUGGGACUCAGGCCGGCGGAAGGCCAAGGACGUGGAGCUCCUGUACGAGGCCCUGCAGAGGGAGAUGUGGGACGUGGUGCGCGAGUCUCUCCGCCAGCCCAGCGCCGGGCCCAACCUCGGGCUGGUGGUGUUGGUGAUCCAACAGGAGGAGCAUGCGGACGCAACCUGGGCCCUGAGGGAGGAGGACAAGCAAGAGGAAGAAGCCCCCCGGAUCCAGCCAGGCCAUCGUCCCCGGCAACUCAAGAUCAAGUGGAGGCAGGCAGUGAUGGAGGCAGCAGACUGGAGCCUGCCGAACCAGGCGGACACCCAGGCGGGCCAGCUGGCCUCAUACCUGGAGCGACUGAGGAGUCGUAUGGUUGACGACUUGGAUGCAGCGAGGAGGAAUGCUGUGUCCAUUUACCCCGAGGAGUUCGCUUCCUUCCAGGUGUACGUGGACAGUUACCAUCGAGCUGUGGCUAAACGUCUCCGGACCAUCACCAGUGGGCCGCUGCAGAUCACUGACGUCUAUUCUUUACUGGACUGGUUCUACAACAUCUACAGCAGGGAUGUCCUAGGAAUCAUUGGCACAACUGCACCUAUCAACUACGCUCUACUGGAGCCCAUCCUGCCGCAAGACACAGUGGAGCGUCUGGAACAAGACUGCAUCAGCAUUGUUAGGGAGAAGGUGACAACUGAGUUGACUCAUGUUCUGGACGAAGAAGAGAGGCGAUGGGCCCAGACCCUGCACAUAGAGGAGUACCAGUCACACUUAGCACGCUCAGUCAUCCAGAGGUUGAAAGUGGACUUGGACAGAUCUACAUCUGUUAACCAGUUGCUAGGGGCAAGAGUGGCUCGUUGUAGUCUCGUUGGACUGGCAGACUUUCUCUACCGUUUUCAGAGGAAGGCAGAGAUGUUUCAUGAGACUCAGGCAGAAUUCGGAAACAGAGGGGACGGAUAUGUCUCCAGGACCAUAGCUCUAGUCAACUGCUGCCCUCCUCUGAGAUCCCUGGUGGAGCGCUGCAGGGAGUGUGACCCACAGGGCAGCGAGGAGACGGCGCAGAGAGCCAACUCCUCCCUGGACAGGAUUAUCAACCAGUCAGUAAGGGUCCUGACCGACAGGCAGUUUGAGCACAUCAGGCCGUUCUUUGACAAACUGAUAAAGAGAAAAUGGCUAAACAACACCGAGGCCAUUGAGGCCAUCGAAGCUAACAUUAAACAACACUUCAAAAAGUUCAGAAGGAUGGACUCUCCGCCUUAUCAGACCCUGGUUGGAGAAGUGCACCGGCGGGUGCUGGUCGAGUAUGUCCGAGCCAUCAUGCGGGGACGGGUCAUCUGCACAUCCUCUAAGAUGAGAAAGAGGAUGGCUUUCCGCCUGCAGGAUGAGGCCAAACAGCUGAAAGGACUCUUUAAGGAUUUGGAAUCAAGUUCCUCUUGGUUAGACAGCAUUGUCUGCCACCUAGCUGAUAUUAUUCUUCUGGAGGACACUCCUUCCAUCCAGAUGGAGGUGGCGGUCCUGGUGAAAGAGUUUCCAGAUAUAAGGAAGAAGCACGUCUCCACCCUGCUGAACAUAAGAGGGAUGAUGCGGCAGGCCGAGCGCCAGGAGAUCCUCAACAUCGUUAAAGACUUUGAGUGCCGCAGCGCUCUGAUGUGUCGGGACCGCGCCCUCUUCUCUGACAUCCCCAUUACCUCGGAGGUGCACUGCAUUAGCCUGGGCAUCCUCCGCCUCGCCAUGACAGUCUCCAACUGGUUCUCAGAGCACCGUCCCAGACGGGGCAGAAAGAGGGGCAGAGGGCCGAUGCCUCAAACCGCCGAGGGCCAAAACAUGGAAGAUGUGAAUAAACACCAAAGAGAGGACUAGCAGCUGGUGUUUGUGUAAGGAGAGCGUUCACAGGCCGUGAAGAUGGCGAUGAGAUGUACAUGCACCUUGACCACAAACUGAUUGCAGCAAAUAUUGUUGCCAGAAACUUGAGCUCAGGUACUGCUCGUAUACUGUACACACUCACUGACAUUUCUCUCUCCCCACACGUGCAUUUUUAAAAAUGUGAAACAGUCUUGGCAGUGUGACAAUCACAAUGGUUUUUUUUAUGCUGCUCUAGACAUCUAUGGAAGCUAACAAGUGGUAUCAAAUAUCCGGAGAUGUUACUCAUUCAGUCUCUUUUAGCUUUUUCUUACCCCCACCCCUACCCCACCACAUUAUGUCAUUGCAGAAAGAAAGAUACAAAAAACAUUUAUUUACCCAACCAUAUAUACCCACCCUCUGGUAUAAAGACAACAUGUAUGCAAGUAUAUAUUGUAGUGUAUGGACAUGGAAAGGUUGUGAACUCUCACUGUGAAUGAAUUGGAUCUGUUGCUGGAAACAUAAUAAAAGCCCAUUUGCUGGGUAGACUAAACAGA